UAGUGAGUGACGCAGCGUUGAAGGCUCCUUGGCGUCUGCAGACCGCGGCCUACGGUACCGGGGCCCGGAUUGCGGUUCCACGCAGGUUCUCUCUUAGCUUCUGAAGUCUCUUUAACGCCGUGAUUCAUUCAUCCUCAAGUACCUGAAAUCUUUGACUGUCUGGUAGACUUCCUCUGUGUUCUCUCUUUUCGGAGCUCUGGGGCCGGGCGGUAUAAAAAUGCGUUCUAUGUAGGCCCCCGCGCCGGCCCCGCUUUUGACGGCUCUCCCCAGUAACAAAACACCUAACAUUAAUAUCUUAGUUGCCCACAGCUCACAGCACCGUUUUAGUAGUAUUCCUCAAGCGUUUGUGUACCAAAGAGGACGGGAGAAAAAACCCCAGUGGUCCAAGCCCUGCUGCUGAUUCAGUAUUACUGUAAAUUAAAGACUCCAGAAAUUAUAAUGGUUAAAAACCGUUUAUUUUUUAGUCCAAUGUUUGUGUCUUCAUUUUUCUGGGCAGAAAGCCAAACUCCUGCACUGCCUGGCUCGGCGCAGGACAUCUAGCCCACCUACUGACUUGGGACUUCAGAACCAUGGCCACAGAGGAGGCAGGAGAUAGCAAAGGGGAGUCAGCCCUCUCCUCGUCAGCCAAUCGGAGCAAUCAAGUGCCUGAAAAACCAAACUAUGCCCUGAGAUUUACUCUCCUGGGACAUACGGAAGCAGUGUCAUCAGUUAAGUUUAGUCCUGAUGGAGAAUGGCUAGCAAGUUCUGCUGCUGAUAAACUAAUUAAAAUCUGGAGUGUCCGUGACGGAAAAUACGAGAAAACACUGUGUGGUCACAGUCUGGAAAUAUCAGAUGUUGCCUGGUCAUCAGAUUCGAGCCGUCUAGUUUCUGCCUCAGAUGAUAAAACCCUAAAGAUAUGGGAAGUGAGAUCUGGAAAAUGUUUGAAAACACUUAAGGGGCACAGUAAUUAUGUCUUUUGCUGUAAUUUCAACCCGCUAUCCAACCUCAUCGUUUCAGGAUCUUUUGAUGAGAGUGUGAAAAUAUGGGAGGUGGAGACAGGAAAGUGCCUCAAGACGUUGUCCGCUCAUUCUGACCCAGUGUCUGCAGUUCACUUUAAUUGUAGUGGGUCCUUGAUAGUAUCAGGUAGCUACGAUGGUCUCUGUAGAAUCUGGGACGCUGCAUCAGGUCAGUGUUUAAAAACCCUGGUUGAUGAUGAUAACCCUCCUGUCUCUUUUGUACAGUUUUCUCCAAAUGGUAAAUACAUUCUCACUGCGACUUUGGACAGUACUCUGAAACUAUGGGAUUAUAGCAGAGGCAGAUGCCUGAAAACGUACACUGGACACAAGAAUGAAAAAUACUGCAUAUUUGCCAAUUUUUCAGUUACUGGUGGAAAGUGGAUCGUGUCUGGUUCAGAGGAUAACAUGGUUUACAUUUGGAACCUUCAGACUAAAGAGAUUGUACAGAAAUUACAAGGUCACACAGAUGUUGUGAUCUCAGCAACUUGCCAUCCUACAGAAAACAUCAUUGCGUCAGCAGCGUUAGAAAAUGACAAAACAAUUAAACUAUGGAUGAGCGACCACUAAGCCCUUUUGAAUCAAGUAGUAGAGCCAAGUUGGCAAAAAACUUGGAUAUUUAAAAACAUGGUUUCUUUGAAUUUUGGUAUGGUUUUGUAUUUCUUUUUAAAAUUGCCUUUGUAACAUUUUAAGAGACUUAUCACUUACAUUUACAAAGCAAGACAGUUGCAAAAGCAGGUCUAGAACCUGGGGCUUCUGACUUCUGAUCUUGAGGCAUGUUAUCAAUCUCUUGUGGCUGUCCCUGGACAGCUUCCUCUUUUAUUCCUCUCAAUGACUGUUCUGGAGGAUCAGUCUAUUUGAGAAAUACUUAGAAAUAAAGUUGACAAGACAGGAGGACUGAUUAAAUGCGGGAAGCAAGGGAGCCUGGAGUAACUUCAAGGCUUCUGGUUUGGGAGAUAAAUAAAGGCAUAAAUCUGGAACGGUGGUGGGUUGGAGAUCAUGUCAGGUGUCAUCCACACACACACUUCAGCAAUAAUCUACGUGAUAGGGCAGGGAACAGCGUGUACAUGAAAUCAAGCCUGUAAAUUGUAAAAAGUCAUGGUUAGGUUUGUUGUGUGAGUGUAAUUAUAAGUUUAUGUCAAGAUAAAAACUAAAAAUAGAAACGACUUAAAUGGCACCUUCCUGAAGACCUCUCGCUACUUUGCCAGGUAGUGUCCUCUCAUGAUUUGCAGGCAAGCUGUCUGAGUGGUGUGACUGUCUCUCCUGUGUCAUGAGUCUCACCUAUGAACUCCUCCCCAUCCUUCAGAGACAGCUUAGGAGCCUCCACUCUGUGAAGCCAUGACUGCCUGUAGCCUGCAACCACAGCAGACAGCCGGGUUAGGUUUUUCUGCUUUCUAUAGCUUCUGUCACACAAUUCAAAAUAUAUCAUUUACCAAUUUGUUUUGUAAUUGUAUCACACACCAUGUUUCCACUAGAUUAUGUGCUCUGUGGAACUAGGAAGUGUGUUUUAUUCAUCUCUGUAUUCUCAGUUUUUACAUAAUGAAGGGACUCAACUAAUGCCUGAUGAAUGACAGGGAAUGACAUCACCACAGCUUUCACUGCUUCAGUCCCUGCUUUCAAUACAUUUUAGUUAUAAGUCCUUAAACUCUUCCUUUGUUGAUUAAAAAUAAGACUGUAUUCUCUGACUAUAUCCUCAAAAUAUUAACUUAUAGGAACUUAAAGGCUUAUAGGAAAUACAAAGUGGAAAAAAACCAGUUUCUGCCCACUUUACCUAUGGAGACAUGAUAAAUAUGUGAGAAGUCUAGAAAUUAUGCAAGACAUAAUACUGAAAUAAUUUAAUUGAAAACAACAAGGGCAAAACUUCUUUUGUAUUCCAUAGUACCUCAUUAAAAAAAAAGAAACCAA